AUGGCGGCCAGCACCUCUCUCGAUCAUUUGAGCAACCGUAUGAAGCUGGAGUGGCUCUCCAAGCUGAACACGGAGAUGGUUCCUGCGAAGAACUUCCGCCGCACCUCCAUCAUUGGCACCAUUGGCCCCAAGACAAACUCGGUGGAGAUGAUCAACGCCCUCCGCAGAGUCGGUCUCUGUGUGGUUCGCAUGAACUUCUCGCACGGCUCGUACGAGUACCAUCAAUCCGUUAUCGAUAACGCCCGCGAGGCCGCCAAGACCCAGACCGGCCGUCCCCUGGCCAUCGCUUUGGAUACCAAAGGACCCGAGAUCCGUACCGGUAACACCACCGGGGACAAGGACAUCCCCAUCAAGGAGGGCCAUGAGCUCAACAUCACCACCGACGAGCAGUAUGCCAACAGCAGCGACGAUCAGAACAUGUACCUGGAUUACAAGAACAUCACCAAGGUGAUCGCCCCGGGCAAGCUCAUCUAUGUUGACGACGGUAUCCUUUCGUUCGAGGUGCUCGAGGUUGUAAACGACCAGACCCUGCGUGUCAAGUGUCUGAACAAUGGCAACAUCUCGUCCCGUAAGGGUGUCAACCUGCCCGGCACGGACGUUGACCUGCCCGCUCUGUCCGAGAAGGACGUCAGCGAUCUGAAGUUCGGUUGCAAGAACCAGGUCGACAUGAUCUUUGCCUCCUUCAUCCGUCGUGGAAGCGACAUCCGCCACAUCCGCGAGGUCCUCGGUGAAGAGGGCAAGGAGAUCCAGAUCAUUGCCAAGAUCGAGAACCAGCAGGGUGUCAACAACUUUGACGAGAUCCUCGAGGAAACGGAUGGUGUCAUGGUCGCCCGUGGUGACCUGGGUAUCGAGAUCCCCGCCCCCAAGGUCUUCAUCGCCCAGAAGAUGAUGAUCGCCAAGUGUAACAUCAAGGGUAAGCCCGUCAUCUGCGCCACGCAGAUGCUGGAGUCCAUGACGUACAACCCCCGUCCCACGCGCGCCGAGGUGUCCGACGUUGCCAACGCCGUCCUCGACGGUGCCGACUGUGUCAUGUUGUCGGGUGAGACUGCCAAGGGCUCCUACCCCAAGGAGGCCGUGAAGAUGAUGUCCGAAACCUGUCUGCUCGCCGAGGUGGCCACCCCUCACUUCAACGUUUUCGAUGAGCUGCGUAACCUGGCCCCUCGUCCCACCUGCACGGUGGAGUCGAUCGCCAUGGCUGCGGUCAGUGCCAGUCUGGAACUCAACGCCGGUGCGAUUGUUGUCUUGACCACCAGUGGCCACACCGCUCGUCUCGUUUCCAAGUACCGCCCGGUCUGCCCCAUCUUGAUGGUCACCCGUAACGCGCGCGCCUCGCGGUACUCUCACUUGUACCGGGGUGUUUGGCCCUUCCUGUUCCCCGAGAAGAAGCCCGACUUCAACGUGAAGAUCUGGCAGGAGGAUGUCGACCGCCGCCUCAAGUGGGGUAUCUCCCACGGCCUCAAGCUCGGCAUCAUCAACAAGGGCGACAACAUCGUCUGCGUCCAGGGCUGGCGCGGCGGCCAGGGCCACACCAACACCGUCCGUGUGGUGCCCGCCGAGGAGAACCUCGGUCUUGCUGAAUAA